GCGGUGGAUCGGUUGGGGGGGGGGGGUCUCUGUGGAGGCAGCUAUGCAGACGGUGGAGAAAGAAGCUGGACUGCGUUAGGGGGAGCAGUUGCGGCUCUGACGGAGACGAGGGCCUGCUAUUUUUAGGGAGACUGGAAUGUACACUGAGGCCUCGUGGAAGGAGAGCUUCACAACAAACAGUCCAGAGCCAUCCCCUAUAAACAUCCACCUUCUACACUUACAGACCUCUCCAAACAUACAUAGAGAACUGAGAAAAAGCUGAGAAAAAGAGAGAGAGAUAAAAAGAGAGAGAGAGAGAGAUUCAUAGUUGUGAUACAAGAUGUGCUACAAGUUGGCUGAGACCAGCAUCGAUGGACCCAUAACAGAAGUCCUGCACUACAAAGACAAAGAGCUGAUGGAAGCGCUGCCCUUACAACUGAACAACCUGAGAAAGGAGCAGAUCCUCACAGACGUUGUCCUCUGUUCGGACGGCAAGGAGAUUCCCUGCCACAGGAACGUUCUGGUGUCCAGCAGUCCUUACUUCUACGCUAUGUUCUGCAGCAACUUUCGAGAGAGCCAACAGUCCUGUGUGGACGUGAAGGAUGUUCCCUUUGAGAUCUUGAGUAGCAUUGUGGACUACGUCUACACAGGAAGCAUCAGUAUCAGCAUGGAGCUGGUUCUCCCGUUGAUGCAAGCCGCUGCUAUGCUACAGUACGUAAGACUUUUUGAAGCCUGCUCGACGUUCCUUCAAGCCCAGCUUAGUCCGGACAACUGCCUGAGCAUGAUCCGCCUCUCUGAGAUCCUGCACUGUGUCAGUCUUCAGGAAAAAGCCAGAGAAUUGGCUGUGAGAAGCUUCUCGGACGUUGCGUCUUCGGAGGACUUCUGUGAGCUUUCCCUGCAUGAGCUAGUCGGCUACCUGGAGGACGACCAGUUGUGUGCCGAGGAGGAGCAGGUGUUUGAGAUCCUCCUGACCUGGAUCCAUCAUGAUCCGUUCGCCCGGCGAGGUAGCAUCCAUGAUCUGUUCCGACGGGUGAGGCUGCGACACGUCCAUCCAUCCUACCUCUUCCAGUUUAUUGCUAACGACCCUUUGGUGCAGUCCUCUUCCCUGUGUACUGAGAUCAUUGAAUCAGUUCGACGGCUUCUCUUUUCCGUUGGCUCCUGUUGCCCAGGUGAUCUGCAGCCACUUUGGGAAACUCCACGCCGCCAUACCUGCAAAGAAGCUUUAGUGGUCGUAGGUGGUCGGAAGAACAACGAGCGCACAUCCCGUGAGGCAAUGCUCUUCGACGAACAGACGCAAAGAUGGCAGUGGCUUGCCAAGCUCCCUGUACGCCUCUACCGUGCCUCCUACGUCUGCAUGCACAGCAUCCUCUACGUUUUAGGAGGUCUCACCAUAAGAUCAGGAGGAGGAACGGUGCCUAGCACCACAGUUUACACUCUCUCCCUCAAAACCAACCAGUGGAGAAUGGCCGAACCCAUGCUGACUCCUCGAUUUGCCCAUCAGAGCAUCUCCUAUCUGCAUUUUAUCUUCGUCAUAGGUGGGAUUACAGAUGAUGGACAGAUCUCUAACGGCGUAGAGAGAUACAACACCAUGUUCAACCAAUGGGAACUUAUGUCUCCAAUGCCAACCGCAGUCCAGCACCCUGCAGUGGCUGCACAUAACCAGAGAAUCUACGUGUUUGGAGGGGAAGAUGCCAUGCAAAACCCAGUACGAAUGAUACAGGUCUACCACAUUGGAAGGAAUCUCUGGUGCAGAAUGGAGAACAGGACGGUGAAGAACGUCUGCGCCCCUGCUGCUGUUAUUGACAACAAAAUCUACAUCAUUGGAGGUUACACAAGACGAGUGGUGGCCUAUGACAUUAAAGCUAACCAGUUUAUUAAAUGCAAGAAUAUGAAAGAGAGAAGAAUGCAUCACUCAGCCACGGUCAUCAACAGCGAGCUGUACGUCACUGGAGGACGAUACAUCAACGGCCAGGACGUCAUCGAGGACCUGGACAGUGUCGACUGCUACAACCCAGAAACAGAUACGUGGAUGUCGAAGGGAAAUCUGCCUUUCAAGCUGUUUGAUCAUGGCGCUGUUCCUUUGGUCUAUGUCUCUGAUAAACAUCUUCCCACAUGAAUUAACAUGAAUUAGCUUAGGAUUAGUUUAGUCUAGCUUGGAGCUAAAGCCCUGAUUGGUUGUUGACAACCCUGGAACAUUGCUAACAGUAUUGUUUUAUACAACUAGCUAUAAGAGAUAUUUGACAGUGCUGGAUGUUAAUCUACACUGAUUUCUCUACUGAAAACAGUUUAUUUGGGUGUUUAAAGCACUUCUGUUUAUUUACAGUAAGCUUAGAUUUCCAAUAUUUUGUCUAAGGGUAAGUUUCUCCAGCACUAAGGCUGGGUGCAGCAGCAGCACUGGCAUUAGCCGCUAAUUGCAACACUAGCGGGGCGUUAAUGCUGUCCGAUAGAACUUUGAGUGUUUCGGUAACCCAGGGCGCUAUCAGCUAGCGAUUGGUUCCGCACAGCUUGUUUUAACACAGCAACACUCGGACUGCAGUCCAAUAUACUCGUCUCUGAGCGGCAAAAGAGCUAGCGCUGUGGUUAGCGGCUAAUGCUAAUGCUGCUGCACCCAGCCUUAGUGCUGAAGAAACUUCACACAAAAAAAAACUCUUAUAACGCUGUACUUCAGCAGAGUGGCUUUACUGCUUAAUAUCUGACUGGAAAAAAAUCAUACAUAAGGCGCACUGUCGAUUUUUGGGAAAACUAGAGAAUUCUAAAUGCAAAAAAUAUGGUAAUAGCUACUGCGCUUGCGCAGAUCUCCACAUUACAGUUGACUUUCCCCUCUAGCAUGCUUAUAUCCCUUUCAUAGCUCAUAGCUUGAGCAGUAACCUGAUAAUCUGGCUCGUUUUACUAAAGAAAUGGACUUUAUCCAUAAACGGAGGCCAUGUUUAGCGUUACUUGAACUCCCACUCAUACUGCAACCAGUGGCUGGUCUCCUCAUUAUAAGAUUUUAAUAUUUAUUUUUAAAUUCUUUGGCAGUUGAGUUGUGUUUUUCUCAUUUGGUUUAAUAGUUUUAUGUUGAUUUUCAGAGGACAGGUAUGUGAGUGUAUAAAAUAUAUUCCUAUUAAACUUGCUAAAGAAUUAAUAAUCCAAAAAAUCAGUGAAUUAUGAUAAUAAUACUCUAAAUAACAGUAAUAAUGUGAUUCAUUUUGUUGCUUUUUCCAUUAGAAAAAACACAUAUCUGGAGUUUCUAAUCUGGGUAUGACAUUAAGUACAGAUUAACGCUCGGCUUCAGUGUGGUGCAUUAAAGUAGACUUUUAAUUUGUGGACUAAAUUUUGAUUUGUGUAGCACUUUUCUCUGAAGAGCAUCUUUAUCCCAACACAUUCCCACCACAUGGUUUCGUUUACUGUGUUCUUCUCACUGUUGUUUUCUUUGCUGUUUGGAAAGACAUUUGCACAGUUGUGUAUUGGGUUGAAUCAGGUUCAUAGUUAAUUGUUUAAUUUUUGUUAUUUUGUUGCAUUUUAUAAAAAUAGUUCUUUAUAGCAUGCUGAAGAAGACUGGUGACUUUAUAAAACUGUCUACUUGAAUUAUCCACAUACUGUAUACACUGGUAUUACCUUCAACUUUCCCUUUUGUUAUGUGAUAGUAGAGUGUAAAUGUUAAAUGUUACACACUUUUGUAAUAUUUUUGUAAUGUUUUUGUAACGUUUUUCAUAUUUUUAUUUUGUUAUGUGAUUGUGUUUGUAUCAAGUACAGAAUUUAAAAUAAAAGUCUUUUUGCGA